GGCGUGUCUUAACGGCAGGGGGCGGGGUCUGUGGCAGAAGCGGCUCCCAUGGCGGAGCAGCGCGUUUCGCGCUGGUACUUCGGCGGCCUGGCGUCCUCCGGGGCCGCCUGCUGCACCCACCCCUUGGACCUGCUGAAGGUCCACCUGCAGACCCAGCAGGAGGUGAAGAUGCGGAUGAUGGGGAUGGCGAUGCACGUGAUCCGCACCGACGGCUUCUUUGCUCUCUACAACGGGCUCAGUGCCUCUCUGUGCCGGCAGAUGACAUAUUCCUUGACUCGCUUUGGCAUUUAUGAGACCGCAAAGAAACACCUGGGCCAGGGCAGCCAGGGGCCUCCCCCCUUCUACCAGAAAGUGCUGAUGGCUGCAGCAGGAGGUUUCACUGGUGGGUUCGUGGGGACCCCGGCUGAUAUGGUGAACGUCAGGAUGCAGAACGACGUGAAGCAGCCGCCGGCCCAGCGGCGCAACUAUUCCCAUGCCCUGGACGGCAUGUACCGUGUCCUCCGGGAAGAGGGCGUGAAGAAACUCUUUUCAGGAGCUACUGUGGCAUCCUUCCGCGGGGCCCUCGUCACCAUUGGGCAGCUCUCCUGUUAUGACCAGGCCAAACAGCUGGUUCUCGCCACUGGGUUGCUGUCAGACAACAUUGUCACUCAUUUCCUGUCCAGCUUCAUUGCCGGCGGGUGUGCCACAUUCCUGUGCCAGCCCCUGGAUGUGCUCAAGACCCGCCUUAUGAACUCCCACGGCGAGUACAAUGUGAGUCACCCACCCUGCCCACCUCACUGCUGCCCAUCCUACCCUCUCUACACACCUCAUCUCUCACCCUCUCACCCCAGGGUGUUGUUCACUGUGCCAUGGAAACUGCCAAGCUCGGACCCCUCGCCUUCUACAAGGGCUUUGUUCCUGCUGCUGUCCGGCUCGUUCCUCAGACUAUUCUCACCUUUCUCUUCCUGGAGCAGCUGCGCAAAUAUUUUGGGAUCAAAGUGACCACCUGAGUUAGAGGGAUGGGACCCUGCCUCACCCCAGGGGGAUGAGCGUGUGGGUCACCCCCAAGAUCCCAGAGCCUCUCUCUGCUCUCUGGGGCCAGCACCAUUGUCCCUCCUUUUGGCCCCAUUCCUGUGCCUUGCCAGCACCUGUGGCCAACCCCUCAGACUCCCCUCUCCUCUCACCCCCAUUCUCAGUAUCUCCAUUACCUCUGCACUACUGGUUUUGGGUUUCUUGCGGGGGUUUUUUGCUGUCUUCCUAUUGCCCUACUUCUGGCCUUGAGUUCUGUCCUUGCCCCCUUCAGCCCUGUCCCUCACGUGCACCGGGAACAGGACUGUGCUAUCCCAGGGAGGAGUGGGAUUGGCUGCCUGGCUCUGUACCUCGUCGCAGGACACAGGGGGCUGAGGGGGCUGGUGCCCCUGCGGCUGUGGGGCUUGGGCUCAGGGCAGUGGGGUGAGGCCCUGUCCUCCCUCAGUGCCUCUGGCCCCCGUGCUCCCCACCAACGCCAGCUCAGCCUGGACCCCCUGCCCUGCUCCUGGCCUCCCACACCCUGCUUCUGCUUGGCCAAAACUCCCCAGCGCUGCCAGCCGCUGGGCUCUUCAGGGAUUGUGCCUCAUACCAAUGAGGGCGGGGAAUGCCCCCAGCCAGCCCCGGCUCUGGCAGGGCCCAGCAACGCCUGCUCCAGGACCCAGUGCUCGCUCACCCACAGCGUGCCCUCGUCAGACCCAGCCUCUGUGGGGGCAUCCCCCCCAAUGCUGCUCUGCAGCCUCACUUGCCCCAGGGCUGAGCAGCCCCCUGCCCCUCACAGCCCCCUGGCCCUGCACCGCCCUGUGUGCAGGGGCUGCAGGCACCAGCCCCUCCGCCGUGUGCACCUCCGUGUGUGCUGGCCCUGAGGGAUCAAAGAACUGGAAUAUCCGUGACCUUAAUGUGUAAUAAAGGUGAACGUGGACAGGG